CUUCAGGAACGAUACGGAUGUCGAAUGGGUCUGUGAUCUUUGAAGUGUGAACUGGAUAGCGAAGGCGAUUCUAAAAUUAAAAAAAUACCACACCUCUCCAACAUAUAUACUCAGGUGUACCUAUUUAUUAUCAUAUACUACGAUAUACCUAUUCUUUAGAGGAAGCUUCAUUAUAAUAUACCAUUUCAAUGCAAACCGUUAUUGCUGUAAAUAUCCCGCACAGAUACAUAACUAAAUACCCACACCUACACAUUUGUUUGAACUUUGAGCCAAUUGAGAAACCGAAGAAUCAGCCACCAUGUUUAGUUGGGUACAGAAUAUAGUUGACUACUUCAUGUCAUUAUUUUGGAAAGAAGAGAUGGAGCUCACGCUCGUCGGCCUACAGAAUUCCGGAAAGACCACCUUUGUAAACGUAAUUGCGUCUGGACAAUACACAGAGGAUAUGCUUCCGACAGUUGGAUUUAAUAUGAGGAAAGUCACAAAAGGAAACGUUACGAUAAAACUGUGGGAUAUCGGGGGUCAGCCUCGAUUCAGAUCAAUGUGGGAGCGAUACUGCAGAGGCGUCAACGCGAUUGUAUAUAUGGUGGACGCUGCCGAGAAAGACUCAGAAAAGGUGAACCAAUCGAAGACCGUUUUGUUACAACUACUCGAGAAGCCCGCAUUACAAGGUAUCCCGGUAUUGAUUCUGGGCAAUAAAAAUGAUCUUCCCGGGGCCAUGUCCGUGGAUGACAUCAUCAAUUCCUGGGAUCUCAAGUCAGUCACAAGCCGAGAGGUGUGCUGCUAUUCCAUCUCGUGUAAGAAUCAAAACAAUAUCGACAUCACCCUUCAAUGGCUCAUCAAACACUCCGGCAAAGCCGCCCAAUAAACAAACAAAGAUAAGAUAAAUCCAUCAAAAGCAUGCGGUUUGGCAGUAAUCUUAUCAAGUGACUCUGACAAAAUAGAUGCCGUCCGGUAAACACCUGCUAUCCCAAAACAGUGGAUGGACUCGGUUGUACGGGGGUUUUAUGUACAUGUCUGUGUAUUCCCUUUUGGCAUGCACACUAUGGGAGUCACCGAUGUGCACCGAAGAACUUAGGUACUCUAGAUACCAGUGAACUGUUUUUGAGGAUACUGUUGUGAUUUGAACAGUCUAGUCUCGACUCGAUGCGAUGCUAUGCCAUUGGCAAACACAAAACCAGACGCAAAUGAGAGGAACCAUACGUACGUAGAUGCAAUGCUUCAGUGCUGUCUGAUUCCUAUAAGCGACCACUCACGAAGUGGCGUGUCACGUCUACCGUAUUAUUGGACAAAUUAUCGACAAUCCUAAACAAGUGGACGCUUUUGAGCAGGUUUCAAAUGGCCAUAUAGCUAUGUAUGUGUUGUCUAUGUAGCUAGGUAUCUACAAUGCACUCAGAGAGUAUAUUUGUGAGUAUUCUGAGAGUUCUGAGGUCCAAAGCCUGUAUAGUUAUGAUAUAACUGAGCUUAGCUAUUAAAUUAUUUCAACAAACCCGAAAAGCUUAACAGGCACACGUUUCCUAAAUCGCACUUGAAAUAAGG